ACCCGCUGUAAACAAGGAGCUUCAGUGCCACGGGAGUGACCAAACAGAGUCCGCGAACAUCAGAUUCUCUGCUAUGUCUGUCAAACUGGAGGAUGUCCUGAAAGAUGAAAACCUGAUCAAAAAUAUAGAAGAGAUCGCAAAAGACACAGCACUUUUACAUGGGGUGUUGAUGCGGACCAAAGAAACGCCAAACUCUCCUGAAGCGGUGAGUUAUGCACCGAUCACGUUGUUUCCCACACCGGUGCCCGCAGCGCUCUUUCAUCAGGCACUGGCAGUACAGACACAUUUUAACCGGUUGGUGGACCGAGUGAGCCAGGAUCCCACCUUUCUAGAAGAAACUCUGGCCAGCACUAUCAAAGUUGACGAUUUUACAGCCAGACUUUUCAGCAUAUACAAACAAGUUCAACAGGAACAUCCACCCCAGUCAAUAGUACUGGGCCUGAAUCGCUCCGAUUACAUGUUGGACCACAGACCAGACGGCGGGACAUCUCUAAAGCAGAUUGAAAUCAACACUAUUGCUGCAAGUUUUGGCGGCCUUGCUUCACGGACACCAGAUGUCCAUCGACACAUUCUGAAGGUCGCAAACCUGCCAGAGGAGUGUGAUCGCGUUCUCGACAACAGCCCAGCAGCAGGUCUGGCGAGAGGUUUGGCCAAGGCCUGGCAGCUCUAUGGAUCUGAGAGGGCUGUGGUUAUGUUUCUGGUCGAGGAUGUUCAGAGGAAUAUUUAUGACCAUCGAUGCAUAGAGAAUGAGCUGUGGAAAAGAAAUAUUCCUGUAAUAAGAAGACAGUUUGAAGAUGUUUGCAGAACCGGAUCUCUGGAUCAGAGCAAGAGGCUCUUUGUAGAUGGCCGUGAGAUAGCCAUUGUUUACUUCCGUAACGGAUACAUGCCCCAAAACUACACCUCAGAGCGGAGCUGGGAGGCCCGUCUGAUGAUGGAGCGCUCUCUGGCGGUGAAGUGUCCCGACAUCAGUACCCAUCUCGCUGGAACUAAGAAGGUGCAGCAGGAAUUGGCCCGGCCGGGGGUUCUGGAGCGCUUCUUCCCUGACGAACCUGAAGCAGUUGCUCAGAUUCGGGCCACUUUCGCUGGGCUGUACACCCUGGACAUGGGAGAAGACGGUGAUAAAACGGUAGCAAUGGCUUUGGCCAAUCCUGAUCAGUAUGUGCUGAAACCUCAGAGGGAGGGAGGAGGCAACAACAUUUACGGCAGUGAGAUCUGUGAGGUGCUGAAGAACAUGAAGAACUCCAGUGAGAGGACAGCCUACAUCCUGAUGGACAAGAUCCAGCCCGUCCCGGUCCAGAACUACCUGCUCCGGCCCGGAGCUCCUCUGAGACUGAACUCCUGUCUGAGUGAACUGGGCGCGUUCGGAGCGUAUGUCAGGAAAGGCAAAGACGUGGUGUUUAAUGAAUGUGUGGGCCACCUGCUGAGGACCAAGAGCUCCGAGCACGCUGAUGGGGGCGUCGCUGCAGGAGUAGCAGUGCUGGAUAACCCACUGCUGGUCUGAACUACAGCACCACACACUGGACUGGAGGAGAAUCACAUACCACUGACUUCCCAUGAUUCCUUUUCUGUCUGGCAUCUGUUUUUAUCUGAGAUUAGUGUGGAAUAUUCCCUAAAGAUGCAGUAG